GUCAUUGGUUAUCUGGCGAUUUCAAGAAAAACAUUAUCUUGAGGCAAGCGGUGUAGCCGUGCAUUGCGGUAAGGCAAUUAGUCAGUCGGCUUUUCGAUGCCGGUCGGUGUACAAGUGUAACGUGUUUUACUAUGAUAUGAUGGCCGGCAAGAUGCUAAAGUUUAUCCGUGGGAAGGGGCAACAGCCCUCAGUGGAAAGGCAGAAACUUCAGAAUGAACUGUUUGCUUUCCGCAAGACAGUGCAACACGGCUUCCCGCACAGAGCAUCGGCGCUGUCGUGGGACCCGCUCCUCAGGCUGGCCGCCAUCGGCACGGCCACCGGCGCGCUCAAAGUGUACGGCAGACCCGGCGUCGAAUUCUACGGGCAGCACACCAAUCCGGAAUCGCCUGUCAUUCAGAUACACUUCAUACCCGGCACUGGCCGCCUAAUCUCGCUAUGCGACGACAACAGUCUCCACCUUUGGGAGAUCAAUGAGAAAUCUCUAGUGGAACUCAAGUCGCACACGUUCGAAGGCAAGAACAAGAAAGUGUCUGCGGUCUGCGUGGAGUCAUCGGGGAAGAACAUGCUGCUAGGAACAGAAGGGGGGAACAUAUAUUCGAUUGAUGUCAACACGUUCACGGUCAGCGAAGAUGUCAUAUACCAGGACUUGGUUAUGCAGAACUGUCCAGAAGAUUUCAAAGUGAACCCAGGUGCGGUAGAAUCGUUGUGCGAACACCCAAAAGUGCCAAGUCGUCUACUGAUCGGUUACAAUCGCGGCCUGAUCGUGCUGUGGGACCGGGCGGCUUCCAAUCCGGUGGACACCUUCGUGUCCAACCAGCAGCUGGAGAGCUUGUGCUGGAAUGAUGACGGUGAACACUUCACGUCUUCCCACAACGACGGCUCGUACGUGUCCUGGGCGGUGGGCGAGGCGACCGGCGAGCGGCCGCUCAAAGAGCCGAUGUCCCCGUACGGACCCUACCCGUGUAAAGCUAUAUCGAAAAUAUUGACGAGGACCAGCGUCUCCGGAGAGGAGAUCACAAUAUUCGCUGGUGGUCUACCAAGAGCAUUAUAUUCGGAUAAAUACACGGUCACAGUACAACAAGGAGAGAAAACUAUCGCCUUUGACUUCACUAGUAGGGUGAUAGACUUCUUCACGACGACGCCGGUGCCGCCGGACGGCGCUCCGCUGCAGGAGUCCCGCCCCGACACUCCCGCGCAGCUCGAAGCUUACACCGUCAAUCAAGUCGCCGCUGCUUUGGUGGUGUUGGCCGAAGAAGAGCUGGUGGUGAUCGACCUGACGGACUCCCGCUGGAGGCCGCUGCGGCCGCCCUACCUGGUGUCCAUACACGCGUCCGCCGUCACCACCGCCCAGCUGGUGGACAACGUCGCCGACAAUGUCUACGACAAUAUCGUGGCGGCCGGCAAUCAACAAACCGAGAACGUGUAUUCCGAAAGCGCGUGGCCCAUAUCGGGCGGAAGCGCCGCUACCCCGGAAGUGGCUCCAAGACAACUGCUAUUGACCGGACACGAAGACGGCUCUGUCAGGUUCUGGGACGUGACCGGUGUUGCCAUGACGCCACUGUACAAGUACACCACCUCGCAGCUCUUCAGUGGGCUGGAAGUGGGUGAAAACAAUGACAGCCAAACAGACGAGGAGGAGUGGCCGCCGUUCAGACGUGUUGGUACUUUCGAUCCCUACAGCGACGACCCGAGGCUGGCCAUCAAAAGAAUAAUCUUAUGUCCGCUGUCCGGUAUGCUGACGAUCGGCGGCGCGGCCGGACACAUCGUGAUUGCUAGUUUGAAAACAUCGCCCAACACUAACGAAGUCAAGUCGGUGCCCGUGAACAUAGUGUCGGAUCGUGACGGCUUCGUGUGGAAGGGCCACGAUCAGUUGACGUUGCGGCCUGGCGCGCUCACGUUCCCGCAAGGAUAUCAGGCGACGUCGGUGGUGCAGCUGGCGCCGCCCGCGGCGGUGACGGCGCUGGCGGCGCAGUGGGAGUGGGGCGUGCUGGCGGCCGGCACCGCGCACGGGCUGGCGCUGCUGGACGCCGUGUGCGCGCGCCACGUGCUGCACAAGUGCACGCUCAACCCGCACGAUUCCGGUUCAGGCGACACGCCAAUAUCGAGAAGGAAAUCGUUCAAAAAGUCCCUGCGCGAGUCGUUCCGCAGACUCAGAAAGGGGAGGUCGCAACGGCGGCAGACCACUUCAAGUCCCACGUCGCCCACUCAGCCCCCGCCCAAGAAGCCGACGGACAAAGCGGCUUCGGACACGGACGCGGACGUGAAGCCCGUGGAGCGCGCGGUGGAGGCGCGCUCCACCGACGACGCGUUCGGCUCCAUGGUGCGCUGCGUGUACUUCGCCAGGACCUUCCUCAUCGGCGCACAAAGUUCAACACCGACACUUUGGGCGGGCACCAACAACGGCACCGUGUACGCGUUCACACUGCACGUGCCCAACACCAACAAACGGAAAGAGGAGCCUGUGACGUGCCACCUGGCCAAGGAGAUCCAGCUGAAACACCGCGCGCCCGUCAUCGCCAUCACGGUGCUGGACGGCGCUUCAGUACCGCUGCCUGACCCCUUGGAGGUUGAGCGUGGAGUAUCAGCGCUGCCCGAACCCGGCACCCAUCGCGUGCUGAUCACGUCCGAGGAGCAGUUCAAGGUGUUCUCGCUGCCGAGCCUCAAGCCGCACAACAAGUACAAGCUGACCGCGCACGAGGGAGCCCGGGUCCGGCGAACGGCGUUCGCGUGGUUCGAAUGCACCAUCAGCGGUUCAGAGAAACAUCGAGAGUGGUGCCUGCUGUGUCUCACCAACCUCGGCGACUGCCUGGUGCUGAGCCCCGAGCUGAGGAGGCAGCUCAACGCGGCCGCCGUCCGCAAGGAGGACAUCAACGGCAUUUCAAGUUUAUGCUUCUCGAAGCGGGGCGAAGCUCUCUACCUGCACUCGUCUUCAGAGUUGCAGCGAAUCACUCUUUCUGCUACAAAGGUGACGGUGGCGCAGUGCCAGGUGAUCCUGUCGCCGUGGGCGGCCGCGCUGCGGGGGCCCGCCGAGGAGCCGCUCACUAACGGGGAGCACAAGGAGGAGCCGGCCGAAGCUGUUCACGACGUGACAGCAGCAUCGGCCGAUAUCACCGUAGACUCUGUCCGGGACCACACGUCUCAGCCCAACAGCGGGUCACAGCCUGAGCUGAACAUCAACUUGCAGAAUUCCCAAGUGAACACAAGCUCCAUGGUGGUGAAGACCACGACCAGGACCACCAUCAACGACGGGGGGGUGGAGGGUGCCGCCACCACCACCACAACUACCACCAACGCGACGGAGAACACGCUGAAACGCGAGCGUCCGCCACGUGGUGCCGCAGAGAAGAACGUGCGAUGGUAUUCAUAAGGCGUGUGUCACACAGACGGGCACGGUGACGGUGCCGGCCGGGACCGACCCCAAGCUGAUCCUCGAGAUGUUUGACCGGCAGCGGUCGCCGCUCGCCGUCCCGGUGCCGCCCGCCCCCACCGAGACACACUAAUGUCGACAAACACUGAUGUCGAUUCUCUAACGGAACGCAACACUAUCGAAACGAGAAUCCCACGCAUUUAUACACAGAUUAAUAAAAUUACACGUACACAAGGUUGUAAAUAGGGAACAUGUUCUUAUUUUGACGAUCGAGCAACGAUCCUGUUCUCGGUUCCACCGAUUUAUGUUUGUCGUAACUCUGGGAUUGAAUAACGACAUUUUAGUUGUAAAAUUACGGUAUUAUUUUACUUCAAUUAUGUUCAAUUCCUAGGCAGCUAAAGUACUGCCAUUUUUGAAAACACUAUCCAAGUUCUGAGGUCAAUUUCGCGUCUAGGAAUAAAUUUUUAUUUUUGUAUAAUUUGUUGCUUUCAAUACGUUUUAUACUGUUAAUAAAAUAGUUUUAUUUUGGCGAGUGCAUGUCUAAUUUCAGAUGUAAUUUUUUUAUAAACAUAAUAUUUGUUAAACAAUGUGUACUUAUUGGAAUUAAUAGUAAACAAUUUGUACCAUUGUAACUUUAUCGAGUACAAACCGAACAGCCAUAACAACAGGAUGUUGUAAAAGCAAUGCUACAAUAUAAUUGUGGUAUAUUUUAAAGUAUUUAUAGUUAAGACAAUGUAAAAUUGAUGUACCAAUUUAGCUUGUUAAGUUGCUCUUUGAACAUUCGGAGUGAAUGUAAUGUGCCUAUUUAUUUCAUUUUAGAGUGAAGAGAUUUUUUUUUAAGUACUUACCAAUAGAACAUUUUUCUUUUUUGACAAUUAAUAAUUGACUAGGGUAUUUUAUUUACCAUUAAACAACUACGCGUGUACACUAAAACCAGUUUUAGAAGUCGCCUCGGCAAUGUUCACUUCCAAUGGUCGAAGAUCGAAUGGAAAUGCAUUAUGUAAUAUUUUCAUGCCUCACGUUAAAAUUCUAACUACAAGAAUUAACGUUGCAUUGGCUAAUAUCAAAUUUGGAACGGGCAGUAUCCUAUUCCAGACCAUCGCGCGUAUGAUUUGCCGAGAAUUAUUUCAUGGUAUUUUAAAGAACUAUGUAGACUAUGCAUUAUAUCGGAAUUACUUCUAAAUAUGGUCCUAUUGUACACACUUUAAUUUGUAUAACCACUCUUUGCCAAUUAUGAAAAUACGGCGUUGUGCAAGGCCAUUUUCAAUUGUAUAUUCCGUAAAUAUUAAUUGCAAUAAAUUAUAUUGGAGAAUUAUUAAUGAAAAGUUUUAUGCAAUAUUUUAAACCUUUUUAGUAGAGUUUUCUUUUUUAAUUUUAUAUAUUACAGUUUACGUUUUAGCUUUGUAAUUUUGAAUUGCAUAUUCUGCUACAUUGUUAGAGGCAGCUAAUUCCAUUGAAUCGUAAGUGUAAGGUGUUUUGAAUCAACCACCACGUUACAUCACAAAAUGUGAUAUACAUAUAUAGGGAUUGAACUUUGUUUUAUAUAACAUUAUUCUAUUAAUUUUUAGCUAUAAGUUGAACGUGCCUGUCGUUUUGGUUUGUGAACUGUUCUAUUGGCAUUUGUAUGUUAUACUGUAGCAAUCGGACGUCCACUUGUAAACUUUCGAUUAUUGUACAAUUUUCUCUAUCUAUCGUGGCAUUUUUAAAUAUUUGAUACGAAAGUUCUAUUUGUAUCCGACAUUGAAAGAAUAAAAGCUAAUCUUAAUAA